AUGGCUAUGCACCAUCUCGCCCAGGGGCACCCCCAGCCGGGGUGGCCGUGGGGGAUGGCCAUGUACACCAACCUGCACUACCACCACCACCAGUACGAGAGGGAGCACCUGUUCGAGAAGCCGCUCACGCCCAGCGACGUGGGAAAGCUCAACCGCCUGGUGAUCCCCAAGCAGCAUGCCGAGAGGUACUUCCCCCUUGGCGGCAACGGGGGUGGAGACGGCAGCGAGAAGGGCCUGCUGCUGGCCUUCGAGGACGAGGCCGGCAAGCCGUGGCGGUUCCGGUACUCUUACUGGACCAGCAGCCAGAGCUACGUGCUCACCAAGGGCUGGAGCCGCUACGUCAAGGAGAAGCGCCUCGACGCCGGCGACGUCGUGUGCUUCGAGCGGGUGCGCGGCGGACUCGGCGCCGGCGACCGCCUCUUCAUCUGCUGCAGGCGCCGUGGUGAGAGCGCGGCAGCACCGGCACCGACGCCGCCACCGCCCGUGCGCGCCCCGGCACCCGCGCUGAACGCCGCCAGCGAGCAGCAGCCGCGGAGCCCCAUGUGCUACAGCACGUCGGGAUCGUCGUACCCGACCAGCCCCGCCAGCCCCUACGCCUACCACAACGAUACGCCACACGCAGGUGAGGCAGACGGCAAGAGCAGCGGCACACCUACGGCGCCGUCGAGGAAGCUCCGGCUGUUCGGCGUCAACCUCGAUUGCGGCCCGGAGCCUGAGCCAGAGACGCCGACGGCAAUGUACGGCUACAUGCACCAGAGUCCCUACGCAGCAGUGCCCGCCGUUCCCAGUUACUGGUAG